GGUGUAUGAACUCUAUGACGUCACAUAGACAUUUUGAGAAAGAAAAUUAGUAGACCAGACAUAUUCUGUGCUAGCGGUGCCUUUACAUAGCAAGUAACAUACCAAGAGACUAAAUUGGAUUACUACUCAAUCUAACCAGAAUGAAGCGUCUAAGCUUUAUCUGCGCUUCUUUCUCAUUGCUGCAGGUUUUGUUAGCAGCAAGUCUUGAAGACAAAUAUGAACCCAUGGUUGCAUUCAUCUGUGAGAGGCCAGCCAUGCAUCGUGGAGUCAAUGGCUGGAUCCCUGAUAAAUCAACAGACUGUUUGGAUAGAAUGGAGGAUAUCUUGACCUAUUGCAAAUCUAUGUAUCCUGAUCAUAACAUUACAAAUGUUGUUGAGGCAUCCUACCUUGUGACUAUCUCUGACUGGCCAAUGGGCAAAUCUGACCGCCAACAUUCACACAGGGUACGCCCAUUCAGGUGUUUAGUUGGAGGAUUUCAAUCAGAUGCUCUAUUGGUACCUCAACAUUGUGAGUUUGAUCAUCGUCAUGACCAGUCACAAUGUGAAGGAUUCUCACACUGGAAUUCAGUAGCAGAUGAAGCUUGUGCUAAGAAAGGCAUGCACCUGGAGAGUUUUGGCAUGCUUUUAAACUGUCAACUAGGAAAGUUCAGUGGAGUGGAAUAUGUCUGCUGUCCAGUCAAAACUGAGACAAAAUAUCAAGAGCCUCAGAAUGAUGAUAAGCCUGACAACUGGAUCAACACUCAUGAGGAGCUGGAUAAGGAUGAUGAUGAUGAUGAUGAUGACAACAGCACAAAAGCCAGUAGCAGUAGUGAAUCAACAUCUGCUAGCGCUGGCAGCAGUGAAGAGCAGGAAGGCAACACAGUUGACCUUUAUGAGGCUUAUCUUCGAGGUCAAGAAUUCCCAGCUAAAUAUAACAAUGAACACAAAAAGUUUUUGGCUGCCAGAGAUCAAAUGAAGAAAAAUCAACAACACAAAAUUACCAAGCUUCUACAAGAAUGGCAAGCUGCCAGGGACCAUGUGAAUGAAGUCAGAAAAACAGAUCCCAAGACUGCUGAAACAAUGGCCAAGGAAAUCACUGGAAGGUUCCAGAACUUGUAUACUUCCUAUGAGCAGGAGAAUGAUGCAGAGAAAGAACAGCUCAUUUCACUUCACCAACAGCAUGUCCAGGCUGCCUUGAAUGAAAGGAAGAGAGAGGCAAUGGACAAGUACAUGAAAUCUCUGGAGAGUGGAGAUGUUGAUAGAAUCAUCAGAUACUUGCGUGGUUACAUCAAAGCAGAGGAAAAAGAUCGCAUGCAUACAGUCAACCAUUUCGAACAUGUGAAAUACUCAUCUCCUCGUGAAGCUGCCCGCAUCAAGCCUUUAAUUGUUACCCACCUUCGCUUGUCUGAGCAGAGAAUAGAUCAAGCCCUUGAGAUGCUCACAAGAUAUCCUGACAUUGAGGUCAAAGUCAAGCCUGAAAUAGAUGAAUUCUUGAAGAGGUUUGAUUCCAUUGCUAACAGUAUCAAGGAUGUUGUUCUCCCUGAGAUCAAAGUUGAUGAAGAAGAGAAUGACUCAGAUGAAGAUGAUGAGGAUGUUACUGAGGCUCCCAAAGCUCCUGCUGCUGAAUCCAACACAAACACAGAAGAUAUCAACAUUGAUGAGGAUGAAAAAGGUGCUGAUUUGAGUGACACUGAAGAAGUCAGUGAUGGAGAUAUGGUAGAGGACAACUUUGCAGGGAACAAUGCUUUUGUGGCCCACCACCAGUCAGACAAUCAUUUAGUCAGACAGGGACUAACUGAAUCAGCUGUUACAAGCAGUCAAGUGGGCAGCACCAUUGGCAUUGCCUUGGGCAGUGUGAGUGUGUUUGUUAUCAUUGUUGUGGCUAUCAUCAUGUUGAGACGUAAGAAGACAGGGCCAUCAGUCACACAUGGAUAUGUGGAGGUGGAUCCCAGUGCGUCACCAGAAGAUAGACAUCUAGCCAACAUGCAAAUGAAUGGGUAUGAAAACCCCACAUACAAAUACUUUGAGGUACAAAACAACCCCAAGGCUUGAGCCUGUGAAGUGAAGAAGCUAUGAUGUGUACCAAGUGAGUUUCCUGUACUGUCUUGUUUAUGUGUUUCAUUCAGUCUGUGUCAUCAUUGUCAAGACAACUUGAAAGGGAAAGAAGAAUGUUUUUACACACAGUCAUCACCUGUGGACAAAAACUGAUUUUCUUGAAUUUUGAAACUUUUUUUUUUGAAUAAACAUAAUUUUGAAGAAUAUAUUGGAAUAUGUCUGAGUAUUGUCAGAUUUUACAAAUAUUUACAUUUUUUAAUUAAAAUUUAAAAACUAAAAAUUCAUAACAUUGGUAAAUAGAAAAUUCUUUGUUUUAAUUUUUUUAAAACUUGCUUUUUAUGACAGUGAGAUCCAUUACAUUUUAUGCCAAUCUUUCUAUGUGUCACACUUUAAUACAAAAUAUUGGUAUGGAUCAAAUAACAUUUUUUGCUGCUUUGAAGCAUCCUAUUUUUUUUCCCUCAAUGGAAAUUCAAAAUGUGAAGCAAUUUGUAUGUGACAUUUCUGUAUCAAUGCUUUACUUCAUCCUUUGAUCUGUUUCCUUCAUCUCAUCACUAUUUCAUGUAAAUAUACAUUUGUGUCAAGUUAGUUCAAAGGUUUCAUUGUAUGCAGUUAGGGAAAUAAAAUAAAGUUCAUCUGAGACCUUCAUAUAGUUUCAAAACAUUUUUUAAAUUCUGUUUAGCAACCAAAAGAAUAGACUUCAUAGCAGUUUAAAAAAAAUGAAUUAUAACUUGAUGAAUGUGCCUCACUAAGCUACAAAAGAAGUUUUUGAUUUUAAAAAAAGACAAUAAUGUCUUUAAAACUGGUGGUUGUUAUUUUGUAUUCAAAUGUUUUUAUUCAUGUUUUUUUUUUCUCAUUUCCAGUCAUCCGACAGCAGAUUAUUUUAUGAAUGUACUACUAACUAUAAUCAUAUACUUACAUACUAUAUUUUCAUACAGAUACAUCUUCUUUUGUGGUAUGUGUAUUGAUUUUGUGUAGAUCACAUUUAUUUUUAUGUAGAUGUCAAGCUUUUGACUUCAAUCUCUCAAGCACAUCAUUAUCAUCAUCAUUCAGUCUUUGCUAUUAUCAUCAGUUAUAAUGUAUGGCAUUAGUGGUUCUAAUCAUUAGUAUAUGCAUUGUAUUCAAUGUCUAGCUUUUUUGUUUUCCACUAGAUAUUUGCUUUUGGUCUAACAAAAAGUUUGUUGAUUCUAGUGUUCUGUAGGCUCAUUAAGGGCAAGAGUUUCAGGUUCACUUUUAAAUAGACAGUUUCAAAAACUUCAUUGAUUAAUGAUUGGUCAAAAGUUAGGGAACUGUUGGGUAUAUUUAUUGAUAUGAAAAUUGUUGUUUAUGAUCACAAUAAAAAAAAGAGACCACCAGUUUUUUUUUUGUUUUGUUUUUUUGUAAAUAUAUAUAAAUAGAACUUUUAUUUUUUUUGUACUUUCAUAUGUCGUUUUUUUUCUUGUGUGUAAAAUACACUCUUACAUAUACAACUUUCUACAGUUUCUGAAAUGUCACUAGGAAACAUUUCAAUUUAUGUCGUCCAACCAGGCAGAGAAAAUCAUUGGUUAAUUGUCUGUUAUUUAAGCUUUACAAUUUGUCCAACUGACUUUUGUUUUCAUUAUUCAACCUGUAGAUGUGAUGAUGCUGUUAAAUCUUAUUUUAGACUUCAUUGUUCUUUCACAUAGAUAUUGUUCUGCCAUUCUCUUUGGUUGCAAAGUUUGUUUUUUGUUUGGUUUACAACUAUGUGCUAGACACAAAGAAACACAAACAAAACAUAUUGUGAAAUUUUUUUUUUGUUUGCAUUGAAAAAAACAAAACCAAGUUGAAACCAGCUAGAUUAGAGAGUCUUAACAUUCCAAAUGAUGUCAAGAGGGGAGAGGGCUGGGAGAAGGCUGUGACAGGAGUGAAUACAUUUCAUAUUUUUAAAUUUUAUAUUCCAAACCUGUUAAGCUACUUGCUUGUUUGGACAGUGAUUUGAAUUAGACAUAAACUUUGAAGGAGGUGAUACAAUCAAUGCAUUCCAAGUUGGCCACCAUGGUGAUCUGUAUGGUCUUGGUACAUUUUUUUUUGUCAGUUGUCAUUAUUUAAAGAAAAUGUGCAUAUCUUAGCCCCUCCAGAGCCUCAGACAGAUGAUUUGUCUGCCUUUUGCUAAGCAUGACUGUAUACAACAUUAAAGUGACAUCUUCACAUUGGAUCUGAUUACUAAUUAAGCCUAUAACAAUCACAUCUUGGGGAGGGCUCCCCUCUUGACUUAAGGCUGUAAUAUUUUGGUUGUUCCUCCUACCCAUCCACUAUAUUUGUUUGUAACAGACUAACAACUGUAUUUAUUCUAUAUUUAUUACAUCAUCAUCCAUUUACCUAGAGCUGGAAAUGGGUUGUUCCAUGUCUUUUUUUUUUGUCUAUUUACAACUAGCUUCUUUUUAAUUUACCAUCGAGAUGUAGCUGCAAAAAACUUGUCACUUUUAGUAUUUGGAUGAGAACUUUGACUUCUGCAACCUUGUUUUCCUGGUAAUUUAGAAAGUUUUCAGUUUGAAAUUGUGUCUACACUUAAUUUUGUGUCCCUUGGUUUUCAGUUGAUAUUUUUGAAGUGUUUAGAUUUAUUCUGUGUCACAGUCAAUGUAUUUUGCUUCAUUUAGAUUGACAAUAAAAUACCAUUUCCACAAAACA